UUUUUAUUGUUAUAUCCGCAACACCAUAUUUGUCAUGACGGAAAAAUAUGGUCGCCACAAUAUCCAGUCGCUAAGAGGACAGAUACGGCACCGUCGGAAAUUGUUCAAAACCUUAUUUUUUAUCGAUCUGCAGCCCGAAGAUGAGGAUGAUCCCAAGGUGCAAGUACUUUUUCGUUCCGAUGAUGGCUCAAUAGACGAUUGGACUUUCCAAGAAAGUUAUCGAGCCUGUCGACCUGGCAAUAGAAUUCAGCUGGAGGUUGGGACCCCCAAUGACCCCAUGGAAACCGUCCAAAAGCCCUAUGCGGUUUUUCAAUGCAAUAGUCUACCACAAGUAUUGCAUGUAUACGAUAAUCCAAAGGGGAAGCAUUUCAUAUCAGAUCCUCCUUUAGCCAGCAAUCAACCCAAAGACACCGUCCGAACAUCAACUGGAUCCCUCAAAGAAAAGUCGACUUUGGUAUGUAAGUUUUGGAUUAAUCAACGGCAUUGUCUUCAACAAGAUCUAUGCCCUUUCCAACAUCCCACAGGGGACGAUUUCCUUCGUGCUCGAGAGCUCUGGGUGGAAGAGCGCUUAGCAACUCGUCGCAAGUUAACCGAGGAUGUCAACGAUCCGCAUAAAUCUAAAAAGCCUCAUGCGAUGCGAGCCAUGAUCUUUGCGGAAUGGAUCUUUCACACUUUUGCUCCUAUUCUUCCCCGUGGCUUUGAAGCGCUGGAUAUCGCUGGCGGCAAAGGAGAACUAGCUAUGUUUAUGAGUCGUGGCUAUGGCAUUCCAACCACGGUGGUUGAACCCAACGAACGAAAACGACCUCCCUACUGGUAUACGAGAUUGUUACGUUUGAUGCUUGUCCACAUCAGCAAGAAUGGCGUUAUCGACGAGCGCCAAGGCUGGCCUUGCGACGUCGAACCUCAAUAUCUGCCAAGUAUGCUUGACGAUGAAUUGCUGAACCGGGAAACCGCGCUUCUCGACAAAGUGGCAUUGUUGGUAGGCUUGCACGCAGAUCAAGCCACUGAGCCUAUUGUGGACGCGGCGUUAAGCUUAGGGAAGCCAUUCGCUGUCGUACCCUGCUGCGUUUUCAGUCACCAAUUCCGUUCUCGACGUCUCCAAUCCGGUAAACCAGUUACGACAACUGAAGACCUUAUUCAAUACCUUUGCGAAAAAGAUACCAAUGGCCGAGGAACCAUCCGUAAAACUUAUCUUGAUUUUGAAGGCAAAAACGUUGUUGUUUAUUGGUAUCCUGAAAAGUAAAUUUUGUAAGCAGUAGAUGUUAAAUAUUUGGAAUAAAAAAG